AUGUCAGCUUACCGUUGUUUCCAUUUCGCCCGGCCAGGUCAGAAUGUAUCAGCUCGAGUUGUGCCUGUGAGGCUGCGUGAUCGCCUUGGAAGCGCCCGCUCUCCGGUUCGAUUCCCGGCGGGCACCCUCGAUACCCUACACAACGACCUGCCCUGGAACAUCCGCAAGUUCGUGCACAACCAGCUGCGUGAGUUCAACUUCGCGGCCGACCUGCGCGCCGUGGUGCCCUGGUCCAAGAGCCCCUGGUCGCACACCGACCUGCAGCGCAUGCGCCGCGGCAUGGUGGGCGGACAGCAUGCGACGCCUAGCGCCCAAAGCCUAGCGCCAGCCCCGCCGACCAACGGAUCUGCGUCGCCGCUGUUGCAGUUCUGGGCCGCCUACGUCCCCUGCGAGUCGCAGCACCUCAACGCCGUGCAGCUCACCUUGGAGCAGAUCGACCUCAUCAAGCGACUCAUCGACAAGUACCAGGACGAGCUGCAGUUCGCCACUUCGGCCGCAGAGAUGGAAGUUGAAAACAUGGGCUGGACCUGCCUCAUUCCAACAGACGCUCCUUCUGCUAGCAGAGAUAUCUCGACGCCAGCUUCUCAUCUGAUAAGAAAGUCGCUCGCUAAAGUGGUUGCUGAUGCGGAAUUUGAUAAAUGCAAUUAA